AUGCUUCCGUCCUCCAGCUCGGUCCGCAAGAAGCGGAACUUCAAGGGCCUGCAGCUCACAGAGUCGCCAUUGGCCUCGCCGCAGUCCGCCAAGCCCACCAUUGGCAGCUCUGGGCUCGCGGGUCCAUCGUCUUCCGAUCCGACCGCCGCGGCAUCACGGACAUCGAAGCUGUCGGGCCGCAACGGGUCAGAGGCGGAGCCGGUCAACUACCACAGCAAGCUGAGCGAGCAGCUGGCCAACCUCGAGCUGGGCAUCGAGUACAAGCUCGAUCUCAAGAAUGAGGACCUCACCACGUUGAGCGAGCUCGGGGCUGGAAACGGCGGUACGGUGACAAAGGUCUUACACGAAAAGAGCGGCACCGUCAUGGCGAAAAAGGUCGUCUUUAUCGACGCAAAGCCGACGGUGAGGAAGCAGAUCCUGCGGGAACUGCAGAUCCUCCACGAAUGCAACUCCAAAUACAUCGUCAGCUUCUACGGCGCAUACCUCAGCGAACCUCACAUCUGCAUGUGCAUGGAGUUCAUGGACAAAGGGUCCCUCGAUGCCAUCUACAAAAAGUACGGACCGAUCCCGCCAGAGGUGUGCGGCAAGAUUGCGGUGGCGGUGGUGCACGGCCUGACGUAUCUGUACGACGAGCACCGGAUCAUCCACCGCGACGUCAAGCCGAGCAACAUACUCGUCAACGGCAUGGGCCAGAUCAAGAUCUGCGACUUUGGCGUCUCUGGCGAGCUCAUCAACAGCAUCGCCGACACGUUUGUCGGCACCAGCACCUACAUGUCGCCGGAGAGGAUCCAGGGCGACCAGUACAGCGUCAAGUCGGACGUGUGGUCGCUGGGCGUGUCGGUGAUCGAGGUGGCGCUGGGCCGCUUCCCCUUUGCCGACGGCGAGGGCGGCUCGGACGACGAGGACGACCUGCCCGCUGACCUGGCCGGCACCCUGUCGCCCACCAAGCCCAACCCGCACCUUUCGGCGCGGCUGGACGGCGCCGCCGCCAAGGACAAGGCCAAGCGACGCAAGAGCCGCUCCGGCGUCAGCCUCGAAGGCUCGAGCGCGCAGAUGAGCAUCCUCGACCUCCUGCAGCACAUUGUCAACGAACCGCCGCCGAAGCUGCCCGAGGGCAAGUUUCCCAAGGAGAUGGAGGAGUUUGUCAACAUCUGCCUCGUCAAGGACCCGGCCAAGCGGCAGACGCCCAAGGAGCUCACGCGCCACAAGUACGUCGUCGACUCGGAGGCGGCCAAGGUCGACCUGCUCGGCUGGGUCACGGCGAUGAACUAG